ACCACCUGGUGUUCACAGCCGGGACUGCCACCCAGCGUUGCCACCGGAAAACACCACCGGAUGUUUGCCCCAAAUCGCGCGAUAUGAGGCCUUGCGAGAUUUCCGCCCGUUCUUUCCUCCCGUAACUUCAGGCAAGAUGGCGGAUACCGAGAUCAAGAAGAAGCGUACCUUCAGGAAGUUCACCUACAGAGGUGUGGACCUGGACCAGCUUCUGGACAUGUCCUAUGAGCAGCUGAUGCAGCUGUACUGCGCCCGCCAGAGGAGGAGGCUGAACCGUGGCCUGCGCCGCAAGCAGCAGUCCCUCCUGAAGCGUCUGCGCAAAGCAAAGAAAGAGGCUCCCCCCAUGGAGAAACCAGAGGUGGUGAAGACCCACCUCAGGGACAUGGUCAUCCUGCCUGAGAUGGUCGGGUCCAUGGUUGGAGUGUACAACGGCAAGACUUUCAACCAGGUUGAAAUCAAGCCUGAGAUGUGCGGCCACUACCUGGGCGAGUUCUCCAUCACCUACAAGCCAGUCAAACACGGUCGCCCUGGUAUUGGAGCCACACACUCUUCUCGGUUCAUCCCUCUGAAGUAGAAUGGCUAUAUUAUUUGUAUAAAUAAAAAAAACUGGUCGCUCCAAAAA